AUGGCUCCAAUCUGGAACGGAAAAGCCCUUUUGAACAGUGUCCAAUUUCAAACCACCGCUGGAGACAAAGACAAAGCCAAUCAGAGCACUUUGUACACGCCCACGCAGAACUCCGGACCAAUGGGGCGUAACCACGACUCCGUGAAGCUGAUCAAGUUCGCGGACGACACCACCCUCAUUGGACUCAUCUCCAACAACGAUGAGUCCGCCUACAGGAGGGAGGUGGACCGGCUGGUGUCCUGGUGCAGUGGUAACAACCUGGAGCUGAACGCCCAGAAGACAGUGGAGAUGAUUGUGGACUUCAGGAAGAGCACUGUCCCCCCGCCCCCACCCUCCGUGAUGGACUCCCCCAUCACCUCUGUGGAGUCCUUCCGUUUCCUGGGCACCACCAUCACCCAGGACCUCAAGUGGGAGCCGACCAUCAGCUCCCUCAUCAAGAAGGCCCAGCAGAGGAUGUACUUCCUGCGGCAGCUCAGGAAAGCCAAGCUGCCUGCACAGAUGUUGGUGCAGUUCUACACGGCCAUCAUCGAGUCCAUCCUCACCUCCUCCAUCACCGUGUGGUUCGCUGGAGCCACAGUCAGGGACAAACAGAGACUACAGCGCAUUGUGCGCUCUGCAGAGGAAGUGACCGGCCGCAGCCUUCCAUCGCUGCAGGACCUACAUGUGUCCACCAUGGCCAGCCCUGAGUGGUCAGCUGGUGGUGGUUCAGAAGUGUCCCACAGAAGGAUGAGUCUCCGGCUGACCAGGCUGUGUUUGAAGAGUGCUGUCCAGAGUGUGUGUUUUGGCUGCGCUCCCUCUCUUACCUCAUGUAAGUCUUCUGCUCUGCUGGGCCGCUCCGCUGGGCCACUCAGCCUGCUGGGCCGUUAG